UUGCCUUCAUUUAAAUCAAUUGAUUAUAUCGGAUGCAAAGGUAGUAAACCAUACCUUCGUGGUUAUCCUUGCGGCUUAUGGACUCUUUUCCACGCCCUUUCUGUCAGUCACUACUUGAAUCCUCAUCCGGGAGAUGCACCAGAUUCUGUUGCUCAUGCUCUGAAUCGUUUUGUGCCUCGGUUUUUCUCAUGCACGCAUUGUGCUCACAACUUUGCUGCUGAGACUGCUAACAUAGCUCGGCCUGGUGAAGCAGUGUUUUUACCACGUUACAAUGGUCGUACUGAGCGGGAAAACCAGUCUUUAGACUCAGAUACAAGAAUUUCAGAACUUCCUGCGAAACCAACCAGCCCAGCUGGCGAGGUGCUCUGGCUCAAUCUUGUACAUAAUAGUGUCAACCGUCGUACUGCAUCCCUGGCUUCUUCUGAUCCUGAGGCGCCAAAGACCAUCUUCCCGACACCAGAUCUUUGCCUUGCUUGUUGGUCAUCCUAUGAACUGGCUAGAAGUCAAGUAAAUCCUUGGGAGGUCAGGCCAGAUCAGCAGAAUAUCUUGCUGAACUUUCUAGUUGCCAGGUUCACAGAAUCAAAUUGGAGCUAUAUCUCUUUCCCAAGCCAGUAG